AUAGAAUCACGGGGUGCGCUUUAGAUCGCAGCUCUCCGGCACACCUCAUGGCCGCCGAGGAGGUCCUGCGCGGCUGCAUGGUGACCGCGGGCUCCAGACGCUCCACCAGGACCGCCCGCGUCCGGUUUCCAAGCCAGGCGUGCUGCGUGUAUGCGCGCCAGCUAUUGUAGUCGGUGCAUGCAGAGACGACGCCCUUGUGUGCGCUUGUCGCCGCGCGCCAUCUUGGGUAAACAAGACCCUGCGCGCAGAUUAACGACGUUCCCGAUAACGGUGUUUCCCCGAUAAGGCCAUCCCGCAGCAGCGUUGGGUCACGUGGCUUUCCCAACUCGACAAGGUGACGGGCGAUCGCCUUUGUUACCCGCCAGAGCCUCCAUGUGAAGUUUGACCCCCGAGUAUCUCUCCGUCCCAUUAGUAGAGCGACGGGCCCAUUAUGAACGAAGAGCAGAGUGGAGCGACGGCGGGCUUGCUGGGGCAGCCUGGCUGUGCCUCGUCCGCACCUCUGGGAAGCGUCAUCGUGCAGGGCGUCCCCGCUGCCGCCAUGGCCAUCGACGCCACGGUGCCAGAGCCUGCCCAUGAGUCAUCCGGAGUAAACUCCAAAGGGCUCGCAGUAAGGCGAUACGUCGCGGACGGCGGCCGAGAAACCAUGAAUUCCAGCCGCUACGAGAGCUACGCUUUCGACGGACCCUCGUUGUACCUCACGGGCCAGCAGCAGCAGCAGGACGUGGGCUCGUUGCACUCCAUCGUCCAGGCGUCGCCGCUGGUCUUCGACCACGGCACCCUGCGCGUUGCCGAUGAACAGCAGAGCAGUGACUGCUCCGGCGGCUCUUCGCCGGACCGCUGGGCCGCCUCGCAAACACGCCAGGCGAAAGAAAACGACUCUGAGAUGGCGUACAACAACCAAGGACAAGGACAAGGAUCCGUGUUGAGCCAGUUCUGUGCCAUCUGCGGUGACCGGGCAACGGGCAAGCACUAUGGUGCCGCCAGCUGUGAUGGCUGCAAGGGAUUCUUUCGGAGAAGCGUCCGCAAAAACCACGUGUAUUCGUGUCGGUUCAAUCGUAGCUGCGUUGUGGACAAGGACAAGAGGAAUCAGUGUCGCUAUUGCCGACUGAAAAAAUGUUUUCGAGCUGGAAUGAAGAAGGAAGCUGUCCAAAAUGAGCGAGAUCGAAUCAGCUGCCGAAGACCUAGUUACGAUGAGUCUAAUCACUCUGCGGGACUUUCGGUAACGAACCUACUCAAUGCGGAAAUGUACUCAAGAAAUAUUAGCAGUCCCGUGAACGACUUCAACAUCUCGAACAAGAAGGUGGCCAACAUUAGCGACGUCUGCGAGUCUAUGAAGCAACAGCUUUUGAUACUGGUGGACUGGGCCAAAUCUGUGCCUUCCUUCACGGAACUGUCGAUUGAAGACCAGGUGGCAUUGCUGCGUGCCCACGCGGGCGAGCAUCUGCUGCUUGGUCUGGCGCGGCGUUCUAUGCACAUCAAGAACGUCCUGCUUUUGGGAAACGACUUCAUAAUCCCUCGCGUCUCGUCCGAGGUGGAGAUCAGUCGCGUCGGCGCUCGCAUCAUGGACGAGCUAGUGACGACGCUGCGGGAAGUGCACAUCGACGACACGGAAUUCGCCUGCCUCCGAGCCAUCGUUUUCUUCGACCCACACACGAAGGGCCUCAGCGAGCCCCAGAAGAUCAAGGCGCUGCGGUACCAGGUGCAGACGAAUCUUGAGGACUACAUCAACGACCGGCAAUACGACUCCAGAGGCCGGUUUGGCGAGAUCAUGCUCUUGCUGCCGACGCUCCAGAGCAUCACGUGGCAGAUGAUCGAACAAAUUCAGUUCGCUAAGUUAUUCGGCAUGACGAAGGUGGACAAUCUCCUGCAGGAAAUGCUACUAGGCGGCAUGGUGGGCCCUCAGGCUUUCUACAAUCAGGGGUCAUCUUCCGAUUGCCAGGCGUCUAUCUCAAGCAUGCUCCCGCAGCCGAAUGUGUCGAGCGUCAUCCACCAGUCCAUCCUGCAGAGCAGCGCAGGGCUGGAGAACCUGGCCAACGGCCACCAGGGCAGCCGGGCCGACGCGGAGGCACUGGGCAGCCGGCCGCAGCCCGACACCCCGAUCCCCUCGCCGCCCGAGACGACGAAUUUCAAGACGAUGCAGGAGAUCAGUGUUCAGGCGUUUAAGACUGAGGUUUUCGAAACCGAGGCCACCUACUGAUGACGACGCCUUAGUGGUGCUCUUGUGAACUAUAACUCUAUAACGAUACACAAUAAUGCGUGUCCGGAUAAGGCUCAGUUUUCGGAAGAUGAAGAAAAAAAAAAAAGUGACCUCAGCUGCACUGCGUAUUCUGGUGUGUGGACUCAGCAGAGCCCCAGCAUCGCGUUCGGCAAAAAGAAAAAAAAAAAAGGAAAAAAAGUGAUAUGUGUGCGGAGGGGUGUAGUCAAUGUGCCCUAACAACGACUACUCCGGCGUUGGGCACGAUGUGGCAGGAAAAAAAAAGGUUUUCGUAGACCGAUUUUUUUUUCCCGCUACGCUCGCUGUAACGAGGACGUUGCUAUACUUUUCUGCAGAGCUCUGAAUGUCGUUGCAGACAGUGUAGCGGGACGGCGGGAACGGUCUAUGAAAACCCCCUAAGUGUCCAUGCCGGGAGGAUGGCGGCUAACACCGAUGAGCUUUCCUUGAUGUGUACUAUACAGCAGACAGAAUUAUCGUAACACAUUGUAGCGGCUUGUCGAGGGAAAAGCACGACAGUCAAUAGAAGAGUUAUUUCAACGUCGAGUUGAGUACCUCGGGUGCUUUUGGUCCAGGAGUCUAUAAUAGCCGCAAUCUCGAUCGCGACAGUCGACAGCGGAUUGCAGACCAUACAAUGGACUGCAUUCUUCGGGAAACGCAAUCGCGUGGUGUGGUGAGUGCUGCCUUGUGUGUUGUUUUAUAAAAAAAGCGUUUAUUCACGCAGCGACAACGAACAUUUUUACUGGUCCGUUUGCGAGAACAAAUAAACUAUUACAAUGUUAAAA